GCGGUAGCACAACACCUGCAGUGUAUACAAUGUUGCCACAACAGCCACAGAAGUCAACCAGCCCGACCAAUAAUCCACCAACAAACAAAGAAAAAGAAACGAGUCAGCCCGCAGGACAGAAUAACAUCAGUGGACACACACCCAGUCACAACAUCCACAAACCAGCCCCUAUUCAAAUUAACAUCGCGGAAAUACCCAUCUUUCGAUUACACAAAAUUCAAAAGCAUCUAAGAGGUUCACGGGUUCUCCAACACCCAGGCGGCAAAACCAGAAAGCAUUUGAGUUUGCUAUGGAAAGCGGUAGCCUCCGCAGAAGGUGAUACCAUAUCGAUUAAGAGGCACUCCUGUCAUACAGCAUUCGCAGAUAUCUCAGAGUGGUUACUUGCCUUCAAGGCAUAUAUAGAUGCUGUUCUUAUCAUUUACGAAAACAGAGAACAGGAGCUCAACACUUACAGAGACCACAUCAGCGAAUUAUGUCUCAAACAAAGUUUUUAUACUGUAAUGUCCUACGAUGAGGAUCGCAGAGUAACUUUGGUGACAAAUCGGGACUCAACUCUUCUAGACCGUAAGAAUGGCAUAACGGAAGGGAGAUUUGUAUCAAUUGGAAUAGAAGUCACUGCGUGGAUGAGAAAGUCUGUGAAAGGGUCUACAAAUGGCAUCAAACUCCAAACAUGUCGCUCAAUACAAAGCAGCCCGAGGAAUCACUACGUUCGAGGCUCCAAUCCUUCAAUCAGUCAACUGACACUUACUGCUAUUCACCCACACAACAUGCCUUUAACAGCCACAGAGAACGAAAUCUACACACAACUCGAUCCAGAUAUAUUCAGCAUCUUCACCCCAAUUAACAUCGAGAUGUUCACGUACCUAACAAACAAUCACCCUAACCGACCAUUCAUAUCUUACCUGCUCAAAGGACUCAGAGAUGGGUUCAGAUUUAACUUUUCGGGUCAAAGAACUAGAUUAGUUCAACAAAAUUUAAAAUCAAUAGAAAUUGACCCACUCUCAUUUGCAAGAUAUAUUCAGGACGAACUCGCACAAGGACGGAUGUGCGGCCCCUUCUCUGAACAACAACCGCCAUGCCAGCUCUUUCAGAUAAAUCCGUGUGGCCUGGUAGCGAAAAAAGAUACCAAUCCCAAAGUAUAUCGCGUGAUAUCACACCUUUCAGCUCCGUUUGGAGCAAAUGCUUACAGAAUCCUGCCAGUACACCCCGUAGACCAGACACUUCAGGGAAUUAUAUUCGAAGGCCAAAUAGAUUUUGAUAAGGCCUUGGCCUUUGGAAACAGAGCCUCAGGGGGCAUAUUCUGCAGAUUUGCUGAUGUACUCACAUGGAUCGCAACACAACAAGGA